AUGGCCAAAAAGAAGCAUGAAGUUUCAUCAGACCCUAACUUCGCGGACCCUGAGUUCAUUCCUUCGAAUGACGCGACAAAGAAAGCUAGAACUGCGAAACGCAAAACUCCAGCACGGAAGAAGGGUCGUCCUAGAAAGACGACGAAAACGAAAACGAAGGAAAUUCUCAGAUCAGAGGGUAUAAAAGCCAGGAAAGAUGUGAAAUCCAAGAACCAGGAAAUAGAAAAGCUGGAGGAUGAAGUCCGAGUAUUGCGAGCCGCUUUACGGGAGAAAUCAACUGACGAACAUGCCAUCGAUGACAAGGCAAUACAGAACAAAUUCGAAGAUAUCAUCACUGGUGCUUACAGCUGGACUCGAAAUUACUCAUGUGAUUGUCCAGUGUCUGAACAAGUAGUAGGACAUCUGAAGGAAUACGCAUUGCUUUCAAACCCAGAAUGGCUGAAUUGCCGCGAAGAAGACCUAGUUGAAAUGGCUCGCCUUCCGUUCGGCUCCAAUAUUUUUCUGAACGCUUUGCUCAUGAGAUUCCUCUACGAAAGUGUUAUUUUCAACCCAUUUGCUGCCCCGUCUAAGAGCCUCAUCCAGGGAAGAGCUAUAUUGGAAGAUAACUACACGCCCGGGCCGCCCAAGUUCUCCAUGAUGCUCCAACAACUCGCAGGACAAUUCAGAAAUAGCGACAGUUAUGGAGCAGCGAAGUGGGUUUCCCAUACGCUCAAAAUGAUCUAUCCAUCACAAGCCGGGUCCUUAGAUUACCAGAGAACAUUGCGUUCGCAGAAGUUCUACAUAGAUAGCGCCCAUGGAUUCUUUUCCAGCUUGGGCGACUGUCUGAUUCGAAAAGACAUAGAUGUUAGCAAAUCGAAGGCAGAGUUGAUUUCGCUACUCAAGAAGGCAGACGAGCUCCGCAUUGACAUCUGGAAGCAAUCUUUUGACAUCCGUCCCCAUCUCCUUGGCUCAAUAAAACUUGGGGAAGGCUUUCAGCCAGAUUCAAAUAUCAUGCAAGCCCAUUGCUCCGUCCCGCAAGAUCUAGCUCCAGGAGCGCGCUUGUGGAUGGCCGUCACCCCCGCUGUGGCUGCGUACUGGCUCAAUAGCGUUGGUGAGGAACAGAGUAAGGUCUGGGCCAAAGCUGUGGUUUGGGCUGGCAAUCCCAACGAAGUGGAAAUGGUCGAAGACUCGGAUGAAAGGCCAGACGAGAUAUCAAUUAUAGAUAUCGACCAGGAUAGGCUCGAGACGAAGGGGGAGUCGGCCACAGACCCGAAGAAGAACCAGCCGACUGCUACUCUUCCUGAAGUAAAAAUGGAAAGCAUCGAGUCUUCUGAUAGCUCUACAGUCCCCAAAAUGGAAGAUGGGCCAGAGCCAGUAUCGAAAGGAUUUAUGGAGGGACUCGUCGACAAAUCAGUGAAGCUGGAAUCCGAAGACCCCAUACAAGUAAUAGUCGAUCUCAAGGCAUAGAUCAGGGGCUAUCUCGUCCGCUCAUGGAGGUAAAGACCGAAAGCACCUUUUUGCAUGGAAAAUUGCCGCGCGGGCGACACGAUGCCACUCUCUCAAAUCACUUCAACCUUCAAGCAUUCCAUUCCAACUUUGUUAGCAAGUCAAGACAAGCUCAGACUGCACGGGAUGUUUUCUUGCAAAUACCUUUCCUGCACUUAGGG